UAAACAGAAUGUACACAUGUGUAACUGUGGCCUGUAGGAAUAGUAGUAUGUGAUAGAAAGAUAUAAGACAUGAAAUAAUGAGUAGAGAGUGGAGGAAAACCGUUUCUCUCAUUUUAUUAGUAGAAUUCAUGAGAUUGAGGCAGAAAACUUGACAAACUUUGUCAAGGGCUGCAUGAAAGUUGCUCCUCUUCCUUAAAUAAUAGCAUAGACGAUCUUGGUUCUCAAAGAAAUAGCAUAGACAAUGGUAGCAUUGAUUCUAUCUUUCCUGUCAAUGAAGUCACAAAUUAAAAAAAAAAAGUCACAAAUUUGGAUGAGCUAGCUGGAAUCCUAUGUUGUGGCACUGAUACAUUGCCCACCACUUAUCUUGGGCUUCUACUUGGGGCAAAAUAUAAAUCAACGGAGGUGUGGAAUGGAGUUAUUGAAAAAUUUGAAAAGAAACUUGCUUCUUGGCAGAGGCAAUACCUCUCUAUGGGAGGAUGGUUGACACUGAUCAAUAGUGUGUUGGACAGCAUCCCUACAUAGUUGAUGUCCCUUAUUCCAAUCCCCAGCGAAGUAGUGAAGCAACUGGACAAAAUCAGGAUAACAUUCCUAUGGGAAGGGGGCAGCAAGGGCCAUAAAUUUCACCUAGCUAAAUGGUCAAAGGUCAUCUUGCCAAAACAAAUUAGGAGGCCUGGGAAUUAGGGACCUCUGCAUCCACAACAAAUGUCUGUUGAUGAAAUGGUUCUGGAGGUUCAACCAGGAGGAGAAUCCACUAUGGAAAGUGGUGGUCAGGUCUAAGCCUGGUCCCGGAAUCAUUGGUGUACUUUGCUCACCAGGAAUCCAUAUGGAGUUGAGCCAUGGAAGAGCAUCAGGAAACUAUGAUAGCCCAAAAUCAAGACUCCACUGUCUCUCAGUAUUGGCAAGACAAUUGCUGGCUCAUUCAAUUCAGGAGGGGCUUGCAGGGCUGGGAGUUUCCAGAGCUUCUAACUCUACUUGCCAAAUUACAAGGCUUCUUGUAAUGGAAAGUGUAGCUGACAGCAUAAGGCAGCUUAUAAAUCAAGACUCCACUGUCUCUCAGAAAUGGUCUCUCUUCUGCAAAGGCAGCUUAUACUCAUCUACGUCCAUCAAAUGAAAUCAUUGACAGAUGGCC